GAGGAAGGAGUGUACGAGUGUGUGUGUGUGUGAAAGACAGAAAGACAGUGAGACAGAGAAAGAAAAGAGCUGCGCUUUUGUUUCCUCGAGCUCACGUCCCGUUUCCCCCUGAUCUCCCUGGGAAAUUCACUUCAAAAUUUUCUCUCCCUUCUCGUUACUCAUGUGUCUCCCCGUUUGGGAGGAGGGCGAAAAUUGACUGAACAAGAGGGAGGAGAAAGAGAGGGAAACAGCUAUAGCUCGUAGCCAGACUUCGCCUGCUUAUUCAGCGCUGAGUGCUGCACUGCGCCGUGUCCAGUUGUGGGAUGUUAAGAUUUGCCUUUGGCUGCACUUCUUCCCACUCUCGCGCUCACAUAAAGACUCUUUAGACGUUUUUAUGCUCAUUUUCUGGGAGGAGGAGUGAGAGAGGGAGAGACUAGCCAGACCUUAUUCGCCUGGAAGCCUGAAACACACAUAGCAACUCUCUCUCUCGCUGACACACACACACACACAAAUACACACACUUGUACACUCCUCCAGCUCCGCGCUGCACCAAGGUAACAGCGAGUGGAUUUAGCUUUAGCCAUCUGGACGGAGCGCAGAGAAAAACCCUCUCUGCUGCACGGAGGGGAGAAGGGAAAGGACGAUGCAGCACUAAAACACAGCUGGACAGAGAAAACCAAAGAGAGAACGACACGCACACAGUGAGACAGGAUGGCCACCGCAGUGUUUCAGGUGUCUUCAUCUUGUGUUCCAGCAACAAACUAUGAGCUGGCGCCGAGCAGCGACCUCCCUCUCAAACACGUAGACACCAUGGGCUCAACAAAAUCUUCAAAGAGUGUGGAGUCACGGCGCAGACCAUCGAGGAGUGUGAGUCUGCUGCAGGCCCUGGACGAGAGCUACGAGCUGGACCUGAUCUACAUCACAGAGAGGAUCAUCUCCGUCUCCUUCCCCGGCAGCGUGGAGGAGCAGAGCUACGCCGCCAACCUGCGGGAGGUCGCCUCCAUGCUGCGCUCCAAACACGGCCACAACUACCUGCUCUUCAACCUCAGUGAGAAGCGAUUUGACAUCAGCCAACUUAAUCCAAAGGUGUUGGACUUCGGCUGGCCUGACCAUCAUGCUCCAGCCCUGGACAAAAUCUGCAGCAUCUGUAAGGCCAUGGACACCUGGCUGAGUGCGGACAGCCACAACGUGGUCGUCAUACACAACAAGGGCAACCGGGGCAGAACUGGAGUUGUGGUGGCAGCCUACAUGCAUUACAGCAACAUAUCCGCCAGUGCUGACCAGGCUCUGGACAGGUUUGCCAUGAAGCGCUUCUAUGAAGACAAGGUGCUUCCUGUGGGCCAGCCGUCCCAGAAAAGGUAUGUGGAGUACUUCAGCGGCUUGCUCUCUGGACACAUCAAGAUCAACAACAAACCCCUGUUCCUUCACCACGUCAUCAUGCACGGCAUCCCCAACUUCGAGUCUAAAGGAGGUUGUCGUCCUUUCCUCAAAAUCUACCAGGCCAUGCAGCCCGUGUACACAUCUGGGAUCUAUAAUGUUCAGGGCGACAGCCAGACCAGCAUCUGCAUCACCAUUGAACCUGGUCUUCUUCUGAAAGGGGACAUCCUGCUCAAGUGCUACCACAAGCGCUACCGCAGCCCGUGCCGAGAUGUGAUUUUCCGGGUGCAGUUUCACACCUGCGCCGUUCACGACCUGGGGAUCGUCUUCGGGAAAGACGAGCUUGAUGAGACAUUCAAAGAUGACAGGUUCCCAGAAUAUGGAAAGGUGGAGUUUAUUUUCUCCUUUGGACCAGAGAAAAUACAUGGUCAAGGUGUGGACCACCUGGAAAACGGGCCGAGCGUCUCGGUCGACUACAACACGCAAGAUUCUCUGAUCCGCUGGGACUCGUACGAAAACUUCAACCAGGGCUGCGAGGACACCACAGACGAAGUCAUCCAUACCCAAGGACCACUGGACGGCAGCCUCUACGCCAAAGUUCGCAAAAAGGAGUCUGUCGAAGGAACAGUCACAGCGAAUGGCCUCCCACCCACUGCUGUUGAACACGCCCUACCUGCGGUUGACCAUGCCUUGUCAGUGAGCAGCGACUCAGGAAACUCUACUGCCUCCAUCAAAACUGACCGAACUGAUGAAGCGGCAUCAGUCCCUCAGACUUCCACAGUGAGCCAGACACAUGUUCCUAUAGGUGAGGAGCAACCCGCAGUCCAUCACCACGCCCCAACUCCACAACAGCCAAUCAGUCCUCAAGAAAAACAGGAGCUGGAGCAGCUGCUGAGUGGCUUGGAGGGGCCCAUGCAUCGACAGGGAUACCUGUCCACCCCGACCUCUGCUGUUGGAGGCAUGCUUCACUUGGUGCCUGCCCAGGUCCACGUCAAUGGGCACAGUAGCAUUGAUCGUGAGACGGACAUUUUAGAUGAUGAGCUGCCUACAAGUCAAGAAGGCAACAGUGUGGACAGUUUAGGGACAUUCUCCUCCACUGAUGGUCGGGCUACACCAGCUGAUCUUUACUACCAGUCUGAAUCAGUCAUCAAUGGCCAGGACCAUGUGCCAUACCUGGAGCGCAGUGUCCCAGAAAAGCCUCUGGAAACCGUCCAGCUACAGGUUGGCAUAUCCAACAAACCUGUCACUUUGACCCAAAGUGAUUCAGCCCCAUCCUCGGGUAAUUACAUGGCUACCCAGAAUGGCAAUUUGUACCGCUCUCAGUCAUUUGGUGCAGAGCCAAAAUCUAUGCCACAAGCUCCCACCCGCACCACCAGUAGCAGGGAUGCCGUCCAGCGUGGUCUCAACGUUUGGCAGCAGUUUGGUGUACCUGAGGAGCCAGUAACUGAAGGCCUUACUUUUAGUCCACCUCCUUCUGUAGCAGCGAUGCCCAGCCACCACAGCCUCCCCCAGUUCCCUCAUCGCCACAGCGCCUCCCAGCAAGAAAUUGAGCAAUCCAUUGAAACCCUGAAUCUUCUCAUGUUGGACCUGGAACCGGGCCGUUCACUAGUGCCAAAGUCCCAAAGUGCACCACUGCGGGAAAACAGUGUUGUAGUGACCACCCAGCCGUCCUUCUCCCAGAGCCAAACUAGGCCCUCCUACCAGGCUGAUGCCGCCAUUCAUACCCACUUUUCUGGCCCCAAGUCCAGCCUGGCCAGCCACUCAUCACCUGCUCAGAUGUCACCCGGGAAACCUGGUACACCAGAGCCUGCACCUGUCCAGGGAUCUCUGAGUUACACCUCUGAAAUGGCUGGAACCAGUCCUUCCUCACAAGCCUCCCCCACUGUAGCUGGUCACAUCCAGCUCAAGCCCAUCAACACCUACCCACCAAGCACACUGUCCCAGUCUGCAGAGGUCUCUGAGCCCCAGAGAAGCCCUAGUGCUGCCUCAGCAUCACCUCAGCCAAGAGAUAGUGAGCCAGAUGAAGUCUUCAAUGUUGAGGGUCUGGUGGCCCAAAGAGUGGCUGGUGUGCAGGCCCGUACAGUGUCCUUGGAUGAGCCGACAACUCUGCCUCGCCGCCGCAUCACCAGCGAGGGCCAAUGCCAGAACAGUCCUGAUGAUGAUCCCUCUCCUGAUGUCCCAGUUCGCUCCCCCAUCCGCUGUGUUUCUCCAGAGUUUGUCAACGCCAUAGCGAUGAACCCUGGGGGACGUCCUAAGGAGAGACACAUGCACAGCUACCGCGAGGCCUUUGAGGAGAUGGACGGAGGCCCCAUCAGUCCUACACCCACAGUUGGUGGUGAGGUGUUUCCCCAAACCCCUGCCUUCCCCAUCUCGCCGCAAACCCCUUACUUCAACCUGUGUCGGUCCCCUCCUGGUCUUGCCAAGACUCCACUGUCGGCCCUGGGUUUGAAGCCCCACAACCCAGCAGAAAUCCUCCUCAAUCAAACAGGCUCAGCACCAAGAAGCUAUGUAGAGUCUGUGGCGAGGUCGGCAGUGGUAGGCGGACAGCAGCCCCCGUCACCUCAGAGCCUUAGCCCACCAGGAGAGACUACAGGCCAACAGAGAAGUCCUAGUCCCUCCACCCACAUACUGAACCCACCUUUGUCCAGCAGCAGCCCCAUCCAGAACUCACAGGGUGAUCACCCCUUAGCAGAGAGCAGCGCUAGCACUCCGUCCCAACCCACUACUGAUUCAGGCUUCCGCUCCCAGGCUACAGAGAGCGCCUACCCCACUCCCACCCCGUCAUACCAAGCCCUGAAUACCCCCACUUCUUCCUACCUAGAUUCCAGCUCUCCGGCCUCUUCAUACCUUGGCACUACUACCCCUACACUGUCCUACCUUGGCCCCAACACACUACUGGGGACCUGUGUGAACGCAGAUCCCAGCCCGGCCACCUCAGAACCCAGCCCGCUCACCUCAGAACCCUCCCAAACAAUACUCAGUCAUGGAAGUCCCCAUGCACAGCACCGGACCAACAUCAUUGGCCACCCCACCUACCAUCCACCCAUCCUCCAGCAGCGCUCAAGUGCUAAUCAGGAUGGUUCCAUCGUGGGUCAGCAAACAUCACCAGCUAAUGGCUACGAUGUAGGUCUCAGUGGUAGUCCCAUCCUUGGUCGUCGUCUGUCUCAGGGAGCUCAGGGCAGCCCAGUCCUCAGCAGACAGGCCUCUUUAGGACAGGGGUCCCAGCGGAGCCCGGUCCUAAGCAGACAGCCGUCCCUGGGCCAGCCCAUGCAGAGCAGCCCCGUGCUCAGCCGACAGCCAUCUAUCACUCACCCCCAAGGAAGUCCAGUUUUGGGUCGUCACCCAUCUGUAUCGCAGGUAUCCCAGAGAAGCCCCAGCUUGGACCGUCAUCCCAUGCACAGUGGUUACACCACCCCAGAUGAGAGACAUGGGAACCUGUCAAGACAGAGCAGCUCCUCAGGCUACCAGGGACCACCCACUCCCUCCUUCCCCAUCUCGCCUGCGGGGUACCAGGAUGGGGGGAUGCUGGGAAUGGGCACAGGGUUCCGACAGGGCAGCCCGGCCCCUAGUUUCCAGCCACAGCUUCCGGAGAAGAGGCGCAUGUCGAGUGGUGACAGGCCCAAUGGGGCACUGUCGUAUGGCACGCUGAAUGGGAAGAUAAUUUCCCCAGCGAGUGGAGGAAGCGCUCCCAGCUACUUCCACACCCUCUCUGACUUCUCAAGGUUCAAUAUGCCCGAUGGAAGCCAUGAGAGCAGGCUGAAUGUCAAGUUUGUCCAAGACACGUCCAAGUUCUGGUACAAGCCAGAAAUUUCCAGGGAGCAAGCUAUCGGCCUGCUGAGAGAGAGGGAGCCUGGAGCCUUUGUUAUCCGGGACAGCCACUCGUUCAGGGGGGCUUACGGCCUGGCUAUGAAGGUGGCCUCUCCUCCGCCCUCAGUGCAUCAGAACAAGAAAGGUGACAUCACCAACGAGCUGGUGAGGCACUUCCUGAUUGAGAGCAGCCCCAAAGGAGUGAAGCUGAAGGGCUGUCCCAACGAGCCUUACUUUGGCUGUUUGUCUGCCUUGGUCUACCAACACGCUAUCACACCGCUGGCCCUACCCUGCAAACUGCUCAUCCCUACAACAGAUCUCAUCGAAGAAGUGCCAGAAGUGGCGACAACAAAUCCACUGGCUGAAAGACUGAAACAAGGAGCAGCAUGCAAUGUGCUCUACAUCAACUCAGUGGAGAUGGAGUCCCUGACAGGCCCUCAGGCAGUUGCCAAGGCCAUAUCUGAGACACUGGCUGCAGCUUCUCCACCUACUGCCACCGUUGUGCACUUCAAGGUGUCUUCACAAGGCAUCACGCUGACUGACAACCAGAGGAAGCUUUUCUUCCGACGCCACUAUCCUAGCAACACUGUCACGUUCUGCGAUACUGACCCUCAGGACAGAAAGUGGAACAAGCCUGAGGGAGGCACAGCCAAGCUGUUUGGGUUUGUGGCGCGGAAGCAGGGAAGCACAACCGACAACGUCAGCCACCUCUUCGCUGAGAUGGACCCUGACCAGCCUGCCAACGCCAUCGUCAACUUCGUGUUGAAGAUGAUCGGCUCGCAGAAACGAUGAGAGCUGACAGCGAACCCUGGCGCUUUUUCUAAUGCCUUUGGUUAUUUUCUGCCCUUUUAACCACAGACACUUGCUUUCUGUUUCGGACGAUUGAGCAUUGGGUUUUUACACGUCACCUUAUUUUUCCUGCUUUUACUUUUACGUGUGUGUGUGUUUGCGAAUGUGAGCGGAUGACAGCGAGAGUGUGCGGCGUGUUUGUGCGUGCGUGCCGCUUGCAUGCAUGCGCUUUUCUUCUUGGACGGACUCGAGAAUGGACCAGAGGAAGUGCAGGAUGGGGGCGUGGCUGUGUGUGGCAAUGGGAUGGGAGGCAAUUUUAUCUCCCAGGCAGGGUAGCACAUGAACAGGAAGGGGGAAUGACAUUGUGUGUGUGCAAAUGUUAUUUUUUAGCGAUUGUUUCAUUUUUAUUUUUUUAAAGAAGAAGUCAAGUUGUGUGAUGUAAAAGUGGAUUGUAAAUCUAUCAGGCUUUUGACUGGUCAACCAAAGAUUUUAAAAAAGUAGUCAGGGCGUGUAUAGUGUGCCACCGUCGGAGGGUCGGAAGUAUUCUUUUGUAAAACAAAUAUGGCUGCUUAAUCAAAAAUACUGAACUGUUUCUCUCUGUAUGUACUGAUACUGUAGGUCAAUUCUGCACCGUUGCCGUCUUGCAAACAGCGUUUCCGGACAUUUUUGCAGCUGGUGAGGUCUGUGUAAAUAUUCUAGGUUGCUUUAUGAGUAGGACUCUUCUAGAUGACAUUUGGUGCCUGACUUUCUUUUGUAAUGCAGAGCUUUUUAAAGAAGAACAUCAAACUCUUCCAGGCCGUCUUAAAUAUGCAAAUAGCCAAGCUUGGAAAUAAGGUUGUUCGAUGCAGUGGUGUCGCUAAAGAUGCAACAGAUGUUAUUCCUCUGAAGUGCAGCUAGCGUCUGACGAUAAGUGCUAAACUCGGUGCAUCCGUAAUAUCCACGUGAACACAGGAAAGCAUCGGUAAGACGGCCAUGAUUCAUUGCAUCCACACAAACUCGAUUGUUUUGGUCAGACAAGCAAAGAGGGCGAUUUGCUUCCUAUCUGCGCAGCACAUAGCCACACUACAGGGCCUGGAGUUGUUCUGCGAGGACGGCCUUUAUAGAAAAGUGUCGUCCUGCUACACUGCUCUUCAGUUUUCUGUUAAUAGAAAGAAGCUCUUUGCAUCAGCCGGCCAAAACUGUUAACACUCACACCCUACCCAAAAGUAAGCUAUACAUAUAAAUAUACAUAUAGAGAUAUAUAUAUAUAAAAAACUUCCAAACAGUGACUUAAGAUAUUUAUUUUUUUGCUUUGUUGCUCUAUGUUAUCUUGUAUACAUGUAUUAUAAAGUAUACAUCGAGAUUACUGAAAGCGAGAAGAAAAGAUUGCUUUUUAUUUUGGCUAAAGUCGAGUGUGCUGACAUAUAUAAGGUGUAAAGUGUGUGCAUUUAGAAGUGUAUCACUGUUGUUUUUGAAUGUUUUUUCACAGCAUUACUUCCUUUUUUUUAACAUUCUUGUUUUCUUGGGGAGGGUUUUUUUUUUUUAAGAGAGGGGAAAUAUUUUGUAUGAAAGACUGUUGUUGUGACUAAAGUCCAAAUUUGAGUUAUCCUAAAGUGACGCAGACGCAAUUGUUUAAUUAACUUAAACCUGCCUAGAAAAUACAUUGUCCAAGUUUAGCACUUAAAUGUUGAAGUAUUAUUAGUGUGUUUCUACAUGUCAAAAGAGAAGAUGUGGACAUUGAGCCAUCUCAUGUCAUCACUGCAUGUGUGGAGGCGGGACUUACCAGCUCCCCUCCAUUGUGUUUCGCAGUGCACCUCAGCAGGGAGCUGGGCUUGUUCAUGGAAAACUAGUCAGUUCAAUAGUAGCUGCUGCCCUCAUGUGGUCUCAAAAUAUCAUUACAGAGGAGCCACUUUUAUCCCGAUGCAGUGUUUUAGCUGUGGCACAGCAAAAAACAAGUGAAUGUUUAUUUGAUCACUGAGAAAAUAAACUGAAACAGCCUUAAUUUUAAUGUUGAGUCGUGUGCUAAUCAUCCUAGCAAAUGAGUUCAAGGACUGAAUAGAUUACAACCCCCCUCCUGUAUGCCUGAUGCUCUAGGAUCAGUUGGCAGCAUGAUUAUUAACUAAUUAAAUAAGGGUUAGUUUGGGGGCCUGCAUUGGCUCCAAUAUAUGUCUUCAAAAACUGAAAAUACAGCACUUACAGGGCUUUUAUAUCUGACUAGAAUGUUCCAUUAUUUAUUAGCAAAAGCCUGCAUGCUCGAGUCAAGUUGUUAUCUUAACACUGCUGACUGUAAUCUGUACACAGUAUCCUCAAGUCUUACUCAACCCAGCCCUUUCAGAAAGACGCCCACAGAUAGGUCUCAUCAGGUUUUGAUUUGACUCGGCUGAUGAGACAGAAGAAUCUGUGUUUGUGCCUACAAAAUGCUUGUUGAGAAAAGAGGACGCGCUCUCCUUUAAACUGAAUGUUCGCCAUUUGUUUGCCAGGAUGGAAACUCCAGUGGCGUCUGCCCACUCUGACAGAUCAGUCUGGACUGUAGAAUGUGUGUGAAUGAGCUACUAUGCCUGUAUAGAGCUUUUUGUCAUUUUUGAUUUGCUACGAUGUAUGGCUUUUACUAUUUCUGAUGAAAAAAAAACACAUUAAAAAGCAGUACAAAUCAAAA